AUGUUGUAUCAGGAAGUAGGCAGAGGCUUUGCAGGAUUCUUGAACCGAGCUUAACGUUAGCGGCUGUUUCCUCUCAAUCGGCCAGUUCCUAAACAGUUUUCGCCUUUAUUUUUGUGUUACAUGCGGCACGUCUCUCUCUUUGAUCGAAGCAGACGUUUGUCUUUGGUUUUUGUCGAACUACUGCCAUAGCUAUGACUUCUAUCACGCAGAGAACCUCGGGCCUUGUCCAGCGAAGGACCGAGGCCAUUCGCAGCGCCGCCGCCGAGAAGGAGAGGGAUUCCGGCGAAGAGGAGGACGAGGCGCGCCGCGGAGAGGAGGAAGAGGACGACAAAGGCGACUCGAAGGAAACGAGGCUGACACUCAUGGAAGAAGUGUUACUUUUGGGCCUCAAAGAUCGAGAGGGUUACACGUCUUUCUGGAACGACUGUAUUUCUUCUGGUCUUCGCGGGUGUAUGCUGGUGGAGCUGGCCCUGAAAGGGAGGGUGCAUUUGGAGCCCUGUGGUGCCAGGAGGAAAGGUCUGCUAGCGAGGAAGGUUAUCUGCAAGUCUGAUGCCCCGACAGGAGACGUGCUGCUGGAUGAAGCCUUGAAGCAUAUUAAGGAAACCCAACCUCCAGAGUCUGUCCAGAGCUGGAUAGAGCUUCUGAGUGGAGAGACUUGGAAUCCCCUGAAGCUGCAUUACCAGCUGAGAAAUGUCAGGGAGCGUCUGGCUAAAAACCUGGUGGAGAAAGGUGUCCUCACCACAGAGAAGCAGAAUUUCCUACUUUUCGACAUGACCACGCAUCCACUCACAAACGGCACUAUAAAGCAGCGCCUUGUCAAGAAGGUCCAGGACUCCGUUCUGGAGAAGUGGGUCAACGAUCCCCAUCGCAUGGACAAGCGGGUCCUGGCCUUGAUUCUUCUAGCUCACUCGUCAGACGUCCUUGAGAACGCCUUUGCCCCGCUUCAAGAUGAACAGUACGACGUGGCCAUGAAGAGAGUCCACACUCUGUUGGAGCUGGAGCCCGAGAAGGAGAGCACAAAGUCCAACGCCAAUGAACUAAUGUGGGCCGUGGUGGCUGCGUUCACGAAAUGAAAUCGCCCAACUGGUUGGACUGAAAGAUCUGGCUAUGAUCUGUGUAAUUUCAUUGGUUCAAGGACUUAACGAGACAGACUUCCCUCUAAUGAGACAAUCUAUUUUGGUUGAGGAGCCUGUUUAUACAUCUAUUCUGGAUGGCAUUUUGGUGGUAGUCCAUAUUAACACAGUGUAGUCUGAUUAGUGGGGGGAGGGGCUUCACCAAGUAACAGCUGAUUGGAUGGGAUGGUCUCAGAAUGAAAGACAACUGCAGUAGCAUAUGUGAGGUAAGUUAUCUACCAUUGCGAGGUUGGACAUAUUUUAAAACAUCAACACUACAAAACCGAGGAGUUUCUGUAAAUGUAAGUUUGAAUCAGAGCGUAGAGAAGGCGGUAAUGGUUGCCAUGGUGAAAGGGGAGAUUUGGAAUGGAGCCACAUUUCAGUUCUACUCAAAUGUCCUUGAAUCUGGCCAGUCUGGAGUCUGAUUUCCAUUGUUCUCCAACUUCCUAAUCCAAGGAUUAAAGAUGAGAAACUGCAACAUCGCUGUUUGAUGGUCUUUGCACUCACGGAUAGCUCCUGCCUCCACCGGCGUGUUCCCACUGUGUUGGGACUACAUGCUUACGGUUACUGUUAGAUCAGACUACCUGAAUGUUUACGGAUUCUGUUUUCUCUUUCAAUGGUCCCCCCCCCCCCCCUUCCUCAUUUGCAUUUUGAGGAGGAAAGUAAAGAUGAAGCCUAGUUUCAGUUCCUGCACCAGUAAAAGUAAAGUGGAUCGUUCGGCCCUAAGAAACUUUGAUUUAAAUGAAGAAUAAAAUUCUGAGUAUAAAGAAACGUUUUAGUUUGCUGUUGAUGCGAGGGUCUAUUCUGUGUUUAUAGAGCUAGUCUUCCAUUGCUAUUUAUGUUGCUAGAGUAACGUUCCAUUUCUUGCGUGUUCUGCAUGGUCAUCUCACUUUUUUUAUUUUAGAUUGGUUAAUGUUAAAAAUAGUUUAAUUGGGCAAUUUUUGAAAACUAUGAACCUUGUAGCAACCAUGAUAAAAGAUGAAAAUCUCUCUCCUUUCGUUUGUAGCCACUGAGCUCUUUCAUUACUUCAAAUCAUUCCUUUGGGCAAAUUUCAAAAGUUUUUGCUUACUUUUUACAUGCAAAUUAUUCUGGAAAGGUGUGGUCGGAGCUAAUCCCAGAUUGAAAUCUGAACAUUCGUCGCCAGAUUUAUCAGUGAUGCAAAUAAGGUGGGAAACGUUGCGUCUGACAGAUUUGUUUGUUUAUUAAAUGUUGCCAGAUCAUCCUUCUGUUAAUUUAUUAAUAAAAAUAAAUAAAACUCUUGAUACUAGGGGUUUCUAGCCAAGCAGAUGAGCUUUUUAAGCAUGGAGUUUUUGUUUAAGACCGUUAUCAGCCUUGGGAAGUUCUGAGACCUGCUUUAAUGCAGGACUCGUCCAGAAGGCGUAACUGUGUAAUUGUUCUCCAUUUACGAACAAAACCUUCACAUCAGUGGCAUUUACCCGCAGUGAACACCUGAGUGGAAAAAAUGUUGCAUGAACCGGCCUUUCUAUUUUUCAAUGAACUGUUAUUGGUUUAUCUCGUCACAUGGUCAUUUUUGUCUUAAGAAACAAACUGUUGUGGUCUUGUUGGUUUGUUAUGUGGGUGAUAAAGGAGCAUUUCUUGGGGCCCAAAUGAACCCAGAUGCAGAACUUCAGUCAACCAGAAGGAAAACUAACUCUAAAUAAAAUGUAUUCCUGGUCAAGCUAACUUUAUUUCACUCUAAAAUUAUGAUUACAAGUAUACAGUAAUUCUGUUAUAGGUGGUCUACUCUUAGGCUGAUGACGUCAUCUUGUUUGUUUGAUCAUUACAUACUUGUUUUUCUUUAUUUUAUUUACUUUGACGAACAACGUACCGAAGGGUAUGGAGCACUGUUCUGAUAUGCUCACAGCAAAGAGACCAUGCAUGCUAUUGGUGGAGGGCUGGGUACGUACGGAUGUAGCGACAGAGAGCAGACGUGUAUGUAAUUAUUAGUCAUUUUACGUGUACGAUCUAAUGGAAUUCAAUGAAAGGGAUCUACUCUCCUCUAUAAUUCUGUAUGCUUUUUGUAUUACCACACAAAAUAAAGUAAGGAUCCUUUAAGUGCCUGAAUUUA